AUGGGCUUGGCCAUGAGUUUGGUAUUGAAAUUGAAGGAGGGAAAGUUAGAUUUGGAUUUGGCUGACAAGUUAGCAAGCUUUGUCUUCCCCAGCAUGUUUAGAAUUUCAAAAAGCUGUGGUAAGUAAAAGAAGGGCAGCUUAGCGUUGUCGAUAAAAAAGCUAACUUUGAAGAUGCAUUGCUGGAGGCACAGUGAAGAUAUUUCAAUGAAAUUUCACAUAAGCUAAAUUUAUAGACCAUUUUUUAUCGGUUGAAAAUUUUAGCUUGUAAUUUACACGCAAAGCUGGGAGAUUCGACGAUCUUUGUGGGUUAGACUACAAAAUUUCCAAAAAAGCGAAUUCUUAAAAAUUGAUGACUCUUGAGAAAAAAUGUCGACCUCAAAACGAUAACAAUUUUUGCCAAACCAAGCCUAAAAAUUCAAAAUUUGUUUUUACAAAUAUCAUAGGAAUCUGAAUUUGUAUCAAGUUUCAUCAAAAUCCAAACGCUGAACUUUGAAUUUAUCAUUUUGUCGGGAAAGUAAUGAGCACUCUGUCGCAUCAAAAAUUACAUCGCCACCGAGAAAAUGAAUUGUGUCCGGAAAAUGGGUUCUAUACUGUAAAGUCAUUUGAUUUUCACUUCGGCGACUCGAUUGGCGCAGCGACAUUUGCUCAUUACUUUCCCGACAGUCUCAUAGAAUUGACGGAAAAUUUCUUAUUUUUUAGAUGGGUAAAAUACGUCUUUGAUAAGCCCGAGUUUCAAAAAAAAAACGAAUAAAAUUCUUUGAUGACUUUUAAAAAUGUAAAGUUGCAGUCUUUCCAAAAAUUUAGUUUCUUUACAAAAAUUCUUUUUAGUUUUCUAUCGAUUCAACUUUCCCUUUCAAUUACUACGUCUCAUUUUUUUUUGCAUCUUCAGGAAAUCCGAAGUGAAGAAUGAAGGCGAGGAUUAAGGGUUUUCCUCACGGUGCCUGAUUAUUUUUGCCUACAAACACGGCCUUUCACGCACUUCUAAACCAUUUGUUGACAACGCUCUUAGCUUAUGCUAAUUUUAAAAUUUGAAAUCUUGGAAUUUCCUCGACGAAAAUUUGUGUUUUUAUUUCCAAUUUUUCAGCCUUCUGUAAACAAUUUGCAGACGGAAGGGCUAUUUGUGUUAUCGCUAAUAAAUCUUGGCAUUAGUUUUUGACUUUUCGAGAAAUCUUUGAAUAGUCUGGUCUAGAAGGAGAACAGACAUCGGUGGUCGAUGAAGUGUAGAUUUUCGAUUUUUUUUUGAUUUUUAUGUUGAUUUAGAAGUAGAAUGGUAGUACAGGGUGUCCAGAGAAAUUCCGCGGAAAGUGUUUGCCGAUUUCUCGGCACUCAGGCAAGAUAUCCAAAAAACUCUUUUUGCAUUAGGAAGAAGAAUAUGGGCGGUUUUUUCGUCUAAAAAAUUUUUUUUGUCCGCCGACGCGGAACAUACUGUAUUCGGCGGAGACUUUUGAUCGGUUUUUUGGUCAUCACACCAAUCUUAAAAACUGCAGUACGAUUUCUGAUGGUUAAAAAGAGAAUGUUAUCUUAUUUUUAUGUUUACCAAACAUUCGUCAAUGGAAUGGCGAGCUUUCCGUAUCGGCGGAGGCCACAACUCAGCUUCGGAUAGGAGAUGCCCCAAACAUUAUGUGGCUAGCAUUCUUUGCUGAUCCCAUAUACCCUCCAAAAUUUCGUCGCCUAGCCUUGGCAGCAGCUUAGCCAUCACUUGGUGCACCAGAAAACAACAAAAUAUGUCCAUCCGGAACCUCGCUGGACUGAUUUUUGCUGUUUGCACUGUGCGAAAAAAGUCAGGUUGCGAACGACAGCCCAAAAAAGCCUAUUGCACAGUGCAAAAAUCAAGAAAUUGCACAGUGCAAGCUGAACUUUUGUUUUCUCACAGUGCAUGUCGCCCAUUUCAGUCCAGAAAAAAAGCUUUCUUUGCACUGAACGUCAAACUGAGGAGUCCAAUGACCGGAAUGGACCCUUCGUUAUCGGUCUUUUACACUUUGUCUUGAUUUGACAGAGAAGGCAGAAAAUUGCCCAAAAUUCCCCAUUUCUUCCCCGACAAAAAAUUUUUUCGCAUUUCUUUUUAGCGAAUUGCCAAUUCAUUCACAAGACCGUUUUAGCUUACCUCACGUCAGUUUGACGUAUAUUGUGCAAUUUUUUGUUUUUUGCAUGGACUUACACACUGACCUUUUUCGCACAGUGCAAGCGCUAAAAAUUAGUCCAGCGACUUUCCGGAAGGGCUAAUAAAUUUGACGUGUACCUGGCAAGCAUAGUUAAAUUCUCAGUAAUGGUAUGGGCUGGACAAGUCAUGUCCGGGAAAUGCUCUAGCACCCCUACUCUACCCCUAUGUAUACUUGGCUUGUAUAUAUCCUCAAACCUUUUUCUAGAGUCCGCUUUGCUCCCUAGACUACAGUGCCUCCCCAAAUCUUUCAUCUUCCAAAAAACUUCCUCCUAUUUUUAAUGACAACAAUGACCAUAGCCGAAAAAAACUUCUUUUCAUCGUUUUUUGAUAUCUUAUGCCUUUUGUCUCUCGGACUUGUGGAAAUCGCGUCUGAAUGGCCCAUAAAGGCGCGACGCCCGAAGGCAAUGGCCGUCCAUUGUCGCUAUUACAAUCACAGGCCCCGAGGGGAUGUGACGUGUCCCCGUAACCGAAUAUUCUCCAAAUGUUUCGCCAAUCCACGCCGCUUUCUUUACACAUGGCCUCGUUUCAGAGAGCACCGCUGCUGAAGGCGAAGGACUGCUGCACAAGAAGUGGCGAGUAAAAACACGCAUAAAGUAAGUGAACAAUGUGAGAUGAUGGUUGUAAAAAUAGGCCACGCAUCUUCGAGGGGGAUGUUUUUUAUUCGAAAAGAACGUUUCAAAGAUUUAAAGAUUUGUCAUGAUAUGAAUGCAGAAAACGUAAAAGAACGGAGAUUUUGGAGGACAAUGUUUUGAGGGGGUUGGGAGCUUGAACAAAACUUUGAAAGGUGAAAUUCCAACUUUUCUAGUUAUUAAAACGUUUUUUGGAAUAAAACAAAAAAUGUUUUCUUUCCAUAAUCCUUUAGGGAAAAGAUUAUUUUAUUGAAGACAAUAAAAUAAUCUUUUUCCUACUUACCUAACAAACAAAGGGCAGUUGGAUUUUGAUGAAAUACGGCACCAAUUUAAGACUAAUUUCUUCAAGGAAAAUAGGUGCAAGAUUUCUAAUCCUCGUUUCCAGAAACGACCAAAAUUUUAAGGUCCCAACUUGGAAAGAAUUGAACACUUUGUUGCGAGUUUAUGAAUGAAAAACUUCAGCUUUAGUGUGCUUUUUUCAUGGGUCCUGCAGCGAAAACUUUUAGGUCUAGCCGCACAAUUUUCCUACCAUUAAAUUCUCCGUGGUUUUUUGCCCCAGGCGUUUUAUUUUCAUGUCCAUAUCGACUGGUUAUCAUGUUUGUUUUGAACGUCAAACAGGAGGACCUCGAUUUCCGACCUGUUUCGGCAAAAAAAGGACAGUAUGAGGUUGAUAAAUUGUACGGUCUCGGUUAUACCGUUAAAAAAAUCAAGACAAAUUUUUUGCCAAUUUUCAUCAAAAUCUAACCGUCAAAAUUCAAGGCUCACUCAAAAAAAUUUUUUUUUGGGAAUAAUAGAAGGCGUUGUCCUAUACUUAUAAAUUUCCUGUCUUUGAAAACUUUUUUUUGUCAUUAUUUUUUUAGCAUAUUGCCAGACAAAGCUAAGGCAUAAUUCCUUCAAAUUUCUUUUACUUAUUUUUCCCACUACUUUGUCAUAAACCAAAAAAUUGUUUCGUUUCUCGGCCUUUGAUGUCAUUUCUCAUUUUCACUGUAAAUAAGACAAAUUCCCUGAGGGAAAUCGGCAAUAAAAAAGGUUCUUGCAAAUUAACCCGAAGGCAUUCGACCUUUUAUUGCAUGGUAGACGUGUUUUCCCUCCGAAUCUCUUUGUAUUGUACUAUUAAAUUGUGAAAUUACAAAAUAAGAAAAUCUCGUUUGGUAUCCCUUCCUUGGAUAAAGUGUAAUCUCCGAAAAGGUUGUAAUACAAAUUAUCUUUGGAUUAAUCGCCUGACGACUUACCCAUUUCCCCGAUUUUACAUCUAUUUGCGUGCACAUUGACAAUGUAUUUGUGUGAUGUGAAAUCUGAGAGUUAUGUAAAAUACGCAUCUCAUAGACAACAAAAAUUUUUUGUACCGUUUUUAAAUUUAUUUUGCCUCAGAUAUGCAGUAAAAAAUCCCAAUUUCAGAUGCACCACUACUCCAUGGAACCGACGCCGUUACUCUCGGUGCUCAAGGUGGUAA